UCGAUCGUCGCCAUCAUCACUGCCAUCCCUGCUCCCUUCCACGCCUGCUCCCUCGCCCUCACUCCAUAUCUUCGGCUCUCGUCUACUUAAGUUCCACUCGCACAAUCCUACCUUGCUUCUGCUUGCCUCCUCCACGAGCGCCGACGCCACCAUUGCCAUCGAUCACACCACCGCAUUAUUUCGCCGGUUAAUUGAUGGGCCUCGAGCUCGAGCUGCUUUCCACCCAGCUCCCGCCGAUCCGAACGACGGCAGCGGCGGGCGCCGCAGCAAUGACACGUCUGGACGGCCACGACGACGGCUGCGCUACGCCGACGUCGGCGUCUAACGUGCUGCGAGCGCCGUCGGUGUGCCCGCUGGCUCCGAGGAAGCCCAGCAGGCCGGCCAAGAGGAAGCUGCAGCGCCACUGCGCGGCGCCGCGGUGGUUCAUCGCCGUCCCGCACGACCUCGCCGCGCUGUUCGUCGCGCGGCCCGCCUUGGCGUGCCGGCCGCCGGCAGGCAAGAAGAUCCGCGUGCACGUCGUGGGCUGA